GCCGGUGCACCAGCCAGUACUCGACCUCCGCAGGCCCGAAGACGUCCUUCCUCGUCGCGGGAGGAUCUACAGCCUUCCCCACACGCGGCCCCGAGCUCACAGUCUCCGCAGGAAGGGGCGGGCCCUGCCGGCUGGCUUUGCUGGGGCCCCGCGUUGCCAUAGGGACCCUGGCAGGGCUUGGGACGCCCGAACGCGCGCUGCGGACGAAGAUUGAGGCUGGAGGCUGCGGACGGCGACUCCACCGCUCUCGGCCCAGAACUCCAGAUGCAGGAUCCUUCCCGCGGGAGAGCGCAGAAGCAGCCAACAUGCCUAUCUCCAAGUGCCCGCCAAAGUCGGAGCCCCUGUGGAAAGCGUGGGACCAGAAGGCCCAGAAGAACGGACUGAGGCACCAGGUGUUUGCUGUCAAUGGUGAUCACUAUGUGGGCAAGUGGAAGGACAACAUGAAACACGGGAAAGGAACACAGGUCUGGAGGAAGAACGGAGCCAUCUAUGAGGGGGACUGGAAAUUUGGGAAGAGAGAUGGCUAUGGCACCCUCAGCCUUUCUGACCAAGAGCCCGGAAAGUACAGGAGAGUCUACUCAGGCUGGUGGAAAGGCGAUAAGAAAUGUGGCUAUGGGAUCCAGUUUUUCGGACCCAAGGAGUAUUACGAGGGUGACUGGUGUGGCAACCAGCGCAGCGGAUGGGGCCUCAUGUACUACAGCAACGGAGACAUCUACGAGGGCCAGUGGUGCAACGACAAGCCGGAAGGGGAGGGCAUGUUACGCCUGAAGAACGGCAACCGCUACGAAGGCAACUGGCAGAGAGGCAUGAAGAAUGGGUCGGGACGCUUCUUCCACCUGGACCAUGGUCAGCUGUUUGAAGGCCUCUGGGUCGACAACAUAGCCAAGUGUGGCACAAUGAUUGACUGUGGCCGUGAUGAGGCCCCCAAGCCCACCCAGUUCCCCAUUCCUGAGAUCAAAAUUCUAGAUCCUGACGGCGUGUUGGCGGAAGCUUUGGCCACGUUCAAGAAGACACAGGAAGAAGGAGAUUGA